AGAACCUGUUUAUUAGGAAGUGUGGAGGUUACGUGCUGCUCACGUAGAUCAAGAUGCUUGUAUAGACCGUUUUAUCGAGAAAAAGAUCAAUAUUUUUUUUCCUGGUACUUUUGCGUAUUUUGUGAUCACCGCACAGCAACCAGUGACGAAUUUGACCGUUGUGCCCGGCUGCGGCUUGCGUCUCCUGGCCGCUUGGCACCCUCUCAAGGUGUUGAUCCAAGCAUCCAAUUGUCAUCCUCGCGCCGCAUCUCGUUGCACUUGUCUCAUGGCAGCGCUCUUGUCCCGCGUCGACACUGACAGCGAGCCGGAGCUCGUGGUGUCCCGGCGAAGCUGGCCUACAGUGAAGCGCACCUUGGCCGUGGCCGGUGUGCUGGCCGCGGUCUUGGGUGUGGCCACCUGGCGCCAGUCCAACCAAUGCCUCAACCUUGGCGGUUUGCAGGGGAAGACUGAGGUGGAAAUGGAUGCGGCUCUCCAGCACACGGCUGAAAAGCUCAUGAAGGGCCCGGAAGCCCACAAUCGCACCCUGGCGGAAGACACGGUCUUGCGGGCGAUGAAGCAUGCGGGCCAUGAUGCACAGAAGAACUGGGAGGAGCACCAUAUCCGAAAGUUGGACACCUUGGCCACCUUGAAGGAUAUCCAGGCGGUGAAAGACUUCCGCCGGGGACAGCACAACGAGGAGGCGGGGAACAUCGAAUGCGCCUUCAACGUGCUUGAGGCCUUUGUCUCGGUCAUGGGCAUGGGCGACGACAUCAACGGCAUCAUCCGCACCUGCCCUCCACCCCGGGACGGUGAGUCCGAAUUGGCCUGCCAGGUCGAUGCGUCGAUCUUGGUGGCCUGGGUGGGCAACUUGGCGGCGAAGAUCUCCUUGGCGGCCUCCAACUGCGCCUUGACGCUCAACGUGGACUCCGUCUGCGCGGCAGGCGUGACGGGCGUGGUCUCCGCCUUCGGCGAGAUCUCCGCCGGCGCAUGCUUGGGUGCCGUGACUUGUUCACCGACCCCUCCAGCCUUGACCACCACCAAGAUCAGUGCCUGGGAGGACCAGGACAGAUGCGGACAGAGUGUAGGGUGUGUCCUGGGUGACCAGACGGUGCGCGGUGCUGCACCGGGACGACGUCUGUUGAUCGGCGAGGGAACCAUCGGCAACGGCGUGCAGUGCGGCAUCGACGUGGGCAUGGUGGCCGCCAACAUCGCGAACAUGGGACUUGCCAUCAACAAGGCCGUCAACGUGAACCGCUGCGGGAAGUUCGCCACGGAGAAGCAGCCUCUGAACGUCCUCAAGGGCAUCCCCGAUGCCUUGUGCACCGUGGACAUUGCGGGAGCUGUGGCUUACAUCAGUCAGGUCGUGACCUUCAUCAACCUCAUCGUGGUGCACUGCCAGGACUUCUUGGACGUGAACGCCUUGUGCGCCGGCUCCAUCGCCGCCAUCACCACCGGCGCCUCGGCCAUCGCCGCCUACAGCGGCGCGCUGCACGCGGCCUGCCGCUACAACGGGCUCCUGAAGCAGCCGAAGGCCGUGGCGAAGAUCAACGAGCUUUGGACGUUGCCCGAUCCUCUCCACCGCCGCCUUGAGGAGACGGAGGCAGAUGAGCCCACGCCUGCCUUGGAGGAGAGCCUGAAGACCAUCCGUGAGACUCGCAAGAACUUGGAUCAACACUUGGCCCAUUUGGGGAUGAACUUCUCCUCCUUCAACACCUACAGCCAGGCCGACAAAGAGACCUUGCUGAACCUGAUGGAAGGCGGGAUGGAGAAGCCUCGUGCCGCCUGGCCCUUUCAGGAGUGCUAAGGGAGCCGAAGAUCGCUUCCUUAGGCGCUGAGCUGAGUGCUGCGCUGCGUUCGUACGAACCGGGGGAGAGUGGACUCCCGUGACCGGUGUCGGGGGUGGAGAACUGGCUCAGGGCCACUGAGGGGCCACUGGACAAGCGUAUUUGGGGACGGC